AUGGCGAAAUCAGAGAAAGCAGAGUUAGCACAGACUUUAAUCGAAUCAGUAAACGAGAUCGCUUCGAUUUCAGAUUACCGUACGCCGAUGAAGAAACACUGCGGCAAUCUCUCCCGGCGGUUGAAGCUUCUUCUUCCUAUGCUGGAAGAGAUCAGAGACUGUAAAGCUCCGAUCCCUGAGGAAUUGGUGAUGAAGGCGCUGUUAUCUCUCAAGGAAUCGAUUGUUCACGCUAAGGAUUUGCUUACUUUCGUUUGCCAAGUUAGCAAAAUUUACCUGGUAUUGGAGAGAGACAAAGUCAUGCUUAGAUUUCAGAAAGUGACAGCUCUACUAGAACAAGCUUUGACUGAGAUCCCUUACGAAAAUCUUGAAAUUUCAGAUGAACUUCAAGAACAGGUUGAGCUUGUUCAAAUUCAGCUAAGAAGAUCAAUAGAAAAAGGCGGCGAUACGUUUGAUGAUGAUGAGUUGUAUAAGGAUGUUCUAUCUCUCUACGGUACUGUAACAGACUCUGAGAUCCUCAGGAGAGUGGCUAAGAAGCUUCAGCUCAUGACUAUAUCAGACCUUACGCAAGAGUCCUUGGCGCUGCUUGAAAUGGUUAGUUCUAGCGACGGAGAUCCAGGUGAAAGCUUUGAGAAGAUGUCAAUGGUUCUCAAGAGAAUCAAGGACUUUGUGCAAACCGAUAACCCUAACUUGAACGACGCUCCAAUGAAGCAAAGAUCGCCACUUUCUAAGUCACAAGAUAUAGAUCAGAGUAUUAUCGCAAUUCCGCCUGAAGAUUUCCGUUGUCCGAUCUCGCUAGAAUUGAUGAAUGAUCCAGUCAUAGUCUCUUCAGGGCAGACAUAUGAGCGUGAGUGCAUCAAGAAGUGGCUUGAAGGAGGACACUUGACGUGUCCAAAGACUCAAGAAACGCUUACAAGCGAUACCGUCACGCCAAACUAUGCAAUAAGAAGUCUUAUAGCUCAAUGGUGUGAAUCCAACGGCGUCGAAGCUCCAAAACGUGUCAACAAUUCUCAACAGAGUAGUAAAGCCUCAGCCUCAUCAUCCUCUUCCACACCUCCUACUGAUGAACAGAGCAAGAUUGAAGAACUUCUACACAAGCUCGCUUCGCAACGCACUGAAGAACAAAGAUUUGCUGCAGGAGAAAUCCGCCUUCUAGCGAAACAGAACAACCAAAACCGAGUGGUGAUCGCUGCGUCAGGCGCGAUUCCUCUUCUUGUGAAUCUCCUUACUGUCUCUGAUGACCCCCAGACGCAAGAACACGCCGUGACAUCGCUUCUUAACCUCUCGAUACUCCAAGAGAACAAAGGGAGGAUUGUUUCCACGUUUGGAGCGGUUUCUGGUAUCGUUCAUGUCCUCCAGAGAGGUAGCAGCAUGGAAGGUAGAGAGAACGCAGCUGCUACGCUCUUCAGCCUCUCGGUUAUCGACGAGAACAAAGUGACGAUAGGCGCCGCCGGAGCGAUCCCGCCUCUUGUGACCUUGCUGAGCGAAGGAUCACGGAGAGGCAAGAAAGACGCGGCGACUGCUCUGUUCAACCUCUGCAUAUUUCAAGGGAACAAAGGAAGAGCCGUGCGGUCCGGUUUAGUUCCGGUUCUGAUGCGGUUACUAACGGAACCGGAAAGCAGAAUGGUCGACGAAGCGCUCGCUAUAUUGGCGAUGCUGUCGAGCCACCCGGAAGGGAAAAUGGUGGUUGGAGCAGCUGAUGAUGCGGUUCCGGUUUUGGUUGGUUUGAUAAGAAGCGGGUCGCCGAGGAACAAAGAGAACGCAGCUGCGGUGUUGGAGCAUUUGUGUUCUUGGAGUCAGGAGCAUUUGGUUGAAGCUGACAAGUUAGGGGUUUUGAGUCUUUUGAUAGAGAUGGCUGAGAAUGGUACUGAUAGAGGGAAACGCAAAGCCGCACAGUUGCUUAACCGGUUUAGCCGGUUUAAAGACCAGCAGAAACAGCCUGGUUGUGGUGUGGAAGAUCUAAUCUCUGUGAUCUGA